AUGAAUAUUACUACAGGGUGGAGCCAAAUUUUUCCUAAUGCUGAUGAUAUUAUAAUAAAAACUAAAAAAGGAAACACCAACAAAGAUGAAAUAAUGGGAGUCCUUAACAGAUAUGUUGAAAAUGGCAAGAUUCUAAGCUAUAAAGAAAGCAACCCUAACACAAAACCUCCUACUUUUUCACCAAUCCCCUCUUACUCUGUUAUAAUCGCCAGGGUAGAGCAGCAAAUAGACGAAAAUUCAAUUAGCAGACACCUCACAAAUCUUAAUCUAGAACAUAGAUACUGCAAAAGAAUAAUAGCCAGAAGCAAUGCAAAACCCACAACAAUGAUAAGGAUAAUUACAGGAUCACAGAUCACCUCUGAAACUCUCCUAUCUCAUGGCCUACAUUAUCAUUAUCAACACUAUCCAGUCUAUCCUAGCAAAGCUCCAGAGCCUGUACCACAACCAUGUAGCAAAUACCAAGAAUAUACCCAUACAACAGAGAAUUGUAAAAAUACACAAAUUUGUCUAAAGUUCCUUGGAACUCACCCAAUAAAUAAAUGCACUUCAACACUCCCACCCAAAUGUCCACUCCCACCCAAAUGUCGAAGUUGCGCAGCAGAAGAUCACCAGGCGUGGUCUUACAAAUGCCCUAAACGACCAACAAAACCCAUUGAUGGUAUUCCAAAUGUCUCAAUCAAAUCUUUGAACAAGAAGUCAAGAGAAAUUAAUCCAGAACUUAAGAAAAACCGCAUACAUGAACCAAUUACUGUACACGACCAUGUCAUUAACACAUACAUUAAUAAGCUGAAUGACCCUAUAGAACACAACAGAGAUGAACUAUUACUAAAACUCAGAAAAAGAUUUGUAAAAAACUACAACACUGACACAACUGCAGGGUUUUCAGGAAACAGAGUCUACAUCUUGAUGUUUGAUAUUGAAUCCCCAGCACAUGCUUCGGCCACAGACCUAAUAAACUAAGGAAAUAACGCACAGCACAUUUAUGUCAGUCAUUAAUUUCGUAUAUUCAAACAUCAAUAGCUACUCUAAACGAAAACAUCUUGUCAACAAUUACAUCGAGGCUAAUAAUAAUAUACAUUGUACAAUGUUUGUUGAAGCUAAAAUAAUAGAAGAUAGUAAUACAUCAUAUAGAAAUUAGGACGUACUGAAAAUAAAAGGCAAUCUAAUCACAAAUCGCCCGGGAGGAGGAUGUCUAGUGCAGUGUAACCCCAAUUUAAAGAUAGGCAGAGCAAACUCUCCAAGAAUUAACAAUCCCCUGAAUGAUUGCUUGCACUUUAUUAAUUGCAUUAAUAUACAAACGAUGACUACAAUAUAUAAAAUGAUCUGUAGACCUAUUAUAGAAUACGGACAUCCCAUAUUCCUCAACAUAAAGAAGCCAGCUAAGAAAAACCUGCAAGUUGCCGAGACCACUGCUCUGAGAUGUAUCACCAAAUUGCGACACCCAAACAACCCAAUCCACAAUCCUCCAAAUAGACUGCUAUAUGAAACCACCAAUAUCACACCCAUACUACAACGUUUAAACGAACUGACAGGCAAAUUCAAGAAGAACCAGAAAAACAAAGAUAAAAUGGAAACUUUAUGUUUACAAAUAAAUCGGUGGCCUAGACAACAGCACCCUCAAAACACUAUUUGGGAACAACUAAAUGAAUAAAAUACCUUUUUUUUAACAUAAAAUCACAUUUCUAAAAUACUUUUUUUUUGUAAGUUUAAUUUGUUAGAGUUUAAUUUGUUUUAUGUAAUAAAAUAUUACACUG